AUGAAACAGGGUAAAAAGAAGGAUACGUCUCCAAAGACAAGAAGAGCGCUGUGGAUGGCGCUGUUAAUUCCUGGCAUAGCAGAGACUCCCCUGUCAAAAAUGGAUGAAAUCUACAGAGAGUAUGUGCAAGACGCAAAUACCUCUGAGUCAGUGGUUGAUCUGAUAAACAAAGACAUCCGCAGGACCAGAAUAUCGCCAGUGCACGGUCUCCACAGAAACUAUUUGGACGAAAAAAUAGAUGGAGAGAGGGCAGGGGAUGUGGUAGCCAGAAUCCUCAAAGUGUUUGCACACACAAACCAGUCCAUUGGAUAUGUGCAGGGCAUGAACAUCAUUUGCUCAAUUAUUUACUAUGUGGUCUCGCAUGAUGACUGGGUGUACAGCGAGGCCGUUGCUUAUUUUUGUUUUUUCCAUCUGAUGGUUGAGUUUGGCGACUACUUCACCGAGAAAAUGGACGAUGCAGAAACGGGCCUGCGGGGAGAGCAGAAGAGCGUGAUGCAGAUACUCUGGAAAGUGGACAAGAAGCUGUACACAAAAAUAAAAAAGAAAGACUUAUUUGGAAAGGGCGCCUUCCACAUUCGGUGGAUGGUUUUGCUUUUCUCUGCAGAGUUUACACUCGAGGACACUUUUCUGCUGUGGGAGCGGUUCUUCAAGGAGGCCCCAAAAAGGAAACUGAUUCCGUACUUCUGUGCGGGAAUGCUGAUUGUUCUGAGAGAUAGAAUAAUAGAAGAGGAGGAGAUGGAGACAAUAACAAGCCUGGAAGUGGCAAGACUCAACCCGCACGAGGUGCUUAGCCUAGCAGAAAAACUCCUUAAGAAAGUGCCAUACACAACCCUGAAAACAGAUCCCAUCGACUAUCUACAAAUGAGCCAAAAACUGAAAAAUAGCAAACUAGAAGCACACGCUAUAGAAUAA